AUGGAACCAAAGAAUCUUACACAUGUCUCAAAAUUCUUCCUCCUGGGCCUCUCAGAUGAUCCAGAACUACAGACCCUUCUCUUUGGGCUCUUCCUGGCCAUGUAUCUGGUGACCGUGCUUGGGAACCUGCUUAUCAUCCUGGCUGUCACCUCUGAUUCCCACCUCCACACCCCCAUGUACUUCUUCCUCUCCAAUCUGUCCUUGGCUGACAUCAGUUUCAGCACCACCACCAUCCCCAAGAUGCUAGUGAACCUCCAGACACACAGCAAAUCCAUCACCUAUGCAGGCUGCCUAACUCAGGUGACCUGUUUUUCUCUUUUUGCAUUUUUGGAGAGUCUACUUUUGACAGUGAUGUCCCAUGACCGGUUGGUGGCCACUUGUCACCCGCUACACUACCUGGUCAUCAUGAACCCCCGCACCUGUGGCUUGUUGGCCCUGGUGUCAUUUUCCAUUAGCCUUUUGACCUCCCUGCUGCACUACUUGAUGAUGUCACAGCUAACCUUUUGUGCAGAUGUAGAAAUUCCUCACUUCUUUUGUGACCCUCCUCAACUUGUCAACCUUGCCUGUUCCAACACCUCCACCAAUAACUUAUUAAUCUAUUUCAUUGGUACCAUCCUGGGUGGAGCUCCACUCUUAGGGAUCCUUUAUUCUUAUACUCGAAUUAUUUCUUCCAUUCUGAGAGUCUCCUCCCCAGAUGUUAAGUACAAAGCAUUCUCCACCUGUGGCUCUCACCUGUCAGUCCUUUGCGUAUUUUAUGGAACAGGUAUUGGUGUGUACCUCAGUUCAACUGUCUCACCUUCCCCCAGGAAGGGUGCAGUGGCCUCAGUGAUGUACACUGUGGUCACCCCUAUGCUGAACCCCCUCAUCUAUAGCUUAAGGAACAAGGACAUCAAGAGUGCCUUGUGGAGGAUCAUCAGCAGAAUAGCCUAG